GAGUGAGAGAAGACAACAAAAGUAAUAUGUCUCCACGAACCAAUUUCUGGUUUCUUACUUUCUCUCUUUAUUUUUUGUUGUAGAAACGAAAGAAAACUAGAAGAAACGGGAAACUGUUUUCGUCUCUCUCUCAUCACUUCUCCUUUAAUUCAGAACCCUAGCCAACAGAAUCUUAUAUCCUCUCUCUCUCUCUCUCUCGCUCUGCGAAAAGGGUUUCAGUCUGGUAAGAAGGAGGAGAAGCAUAAACAAACAACUCCAGAUUCGAGUCUAUCUGUGUGAAAAGAUCCAGAAGGAUAAAAUCAUCUCACACAGACCAGAAUGGAUCAACAAGCUCAUGGACAGCCCCCAGUCAUGGGGGUGGUUGGUGGUGGUGCUCAAGUGCCAUAUGGCACAACUCCAUAUCAAACUAACCAAAUGAUUGCAGCCAAUCCUCCUGGAUCAGUUGUCACAUCAGUUGGAUCUAUUCAACCUGCUGGUCAACCAACAGGUUUCACUGCUUCCCCAGCUCAGCUUGCACCACACCAACUUGCUUAUCAGCACCUCCACCAGCAGCAGCAACAGCAACUGCAGCAACAACUCCAGGCUUUUUGGUCAAACCAAUACCAAGAAAUUGAGCAGACCACUGACUUCAAGAACCAUAGCCUUCCAUUGGCAAGGAUCAAGAAAAUCAUGAAGGCUGAUGAGGAUGUAAGAAUGAUAUCAGCAGAGGCUCCUGUCGUAUUUGCCAGGGCUUGUGAGAUGUUCAUCUUGGAGUUGACACUGCGUUCAUGGAACCACACAGAGGAGAACAAGCGUAGAACACUCCAGAAGAAUGACAUUGCUGCAGCAAUCACAAGGACUGAUAUCUUUGACUUCCUGGUUGACAUUGUCCCCAGGGAGGAUUUGAAAGAUGAGGUACUUGCCUCAAUGCCCAGAGGAACGCUGCCUGUUGGAGGUCCUGCUGACCCUCUUCCUUAUUAUUACAUGCCUCAACAUUCACCACAGGUUGGAACUCCUGGAAUGAUCAUGGGUAAACCCGUUGUCGAUCAAGCUUUGUAUGGGCAACAGCCUCGCCCUUACAUGGCUCAGCAAAUAUGGCCACAACCACCACAGCAACAGCAGCAGCAACCGCCCUCAGAUUCUUAAGCUGGAGAAGAAUGGUCGUAGCAGACAUUUUGAAGAAAACAGGAACAGCAGACUGAGCACUAUAUGCUUAGUAGGAGAAUGUAUUAAGCUACAGCACACUGAUUUAUACUCUACCAUCACAAGGACAUGAAGAACAGUCCAAAGUUAAAUAUUGCUGAAGAUACAUGGUAAUAGAGAAGCUAUCAAGGCUUUCAAAAAAAAAAAAAAACUGAAAAAAAAGAAGCUAUAGGUAUCACUGAAUGUGGUUUUACAUCCAAAUAUUGUAAUGGUUCUUUGGAACCUCUCUGACACUUGCAAGUAAUAUGGAAUUAUGGAUGACUGUAAUACAUAUAUAUAUACAGCAGACAUGUACAGGGAAGCUAACAUCAUAAGUUAGUCAUAUUUACCAAAAAAAGAAAAACAUUAUAGCUAGUCAUCUCAAUGCAAGUGCUAGUGGUGGCGAGCCCAAUGAAUUGUUGGAUGGUUCUUUC